AUGGCUACAAUACCAGCCAUAAAGCUUGUCGAACCAAUCAAGAAGGAAAAAACAAAAACUUUUCAGGCCUAUCUGCCUGAUGGAGCUCGUACUUAUAGCUGUGUACAUUGUCGUGCUAAUUUGGCUAAUCACAACGAACUCAUCUCAAAAUCCUUCCAAGGUAGCCAAGGAAAAGCAUAUUUGUUCAAUUCUGUGGUAAACAUAGGAUGUGGACCGGCAGAAGAACGUGUUUUAUUAACCGGUCUUCAUGCAGUAGCUGAUAUAUACUGUGAAUGUUGCAAAACAACACUUGGCUGGAAAUACGAACAUGCAUUUGAAGUAAGUCAAAAAUAUAAGGAAGGCAAAUUCAUAAUCGAACUGGCACAUAUGGUAAAGGAUAAUGGUUGGGACAAACGUGAUCUGAAAAGGAACAAUAGUAUUCAUUAA